UCCAGGGGUGGGAAGUGUGCCCUGCUGGUGGGCAUGAGGUUGUGCCGGCGCAAUGGCUGCGGUGGACUGUGUCCUGAAGCUAGGAGGCAGCGCAUUGACGCACAAAAGCCAGCUAGAGACCCUGAGAGCGGAGUCCUUGCGCGGGGCGGCUGCUCUUGUGCACAAGCUCCGCGAGGCGGGACAGAGGCGGUGCAUAAUCGUGCACGGCGCAGGCUCCUUUGGCCAUUUCCAAGCAAAGGAACACGGCAUUGCCUCGGGGACAUCAGCAAGAUCAGCUGAUGAUGACAAUUUGAGAUGUGGGCUGUGUCUGACCAGGCUUUCUGUCACCAAGUUAAACCAUCUGGUGACGGAAGAACUGGUAAGCCAUGGAAUUCCAGCUGUGGGCAUUUCGCCUUUUGGAACCUGGAAAACAUCAUGCAAGAAUGUCAUCCAGGCUGGUUUCGAUACAGUGAAGGAUGUUUUAGACUCGGGCUAUGUCCCCGUUUUACAUGGUGAUUGUGCUCUGGACUCAGAGCAGCACUGCUGCAUCUUAUCUGGAGAUAAAAUCAUUGAGGUUCUCGCUAAGAAAUUCUCUCCUAGGCGAGUUGUGUUUCUCACAGAUGUCAGUGGAAUUUACAGCUGUACACCUGAUACCCCAGGCGCUAGGCUUGUGGAUUCCAUUGUCGUCGGCCCUGAUGGAAAUAUGGAGCCACCUGUGCUCAGCUCUGUGCUGCCACAUGAUACUACUGGAGGUGUGUCCUUGAAGCUGCAAACUGCUGUAAAUAUCGUUUCCCAGAGUCACGGAACCAUUCCAGUUCUGAUCUGCAAACUGGACAGCGAAGCGGCUGAAAGGGCUUGUUUGACUGGGGAGCUGAAGCAAGGCGAAGGCACAACAUUUUCCUUCGCAAAAUCAUGAAGACAUCUCUGCAUGAGCCUUAAAUGAGGUGGAAGAAGAAUUUAACUGAGGUGCUACCAUUGGACUUCAGGAUCUAUUUGUUGUACUUGUCAUCGUCAAUGCCAGAUACCUUAAAUAAAUCUGUGGUCCACUGAUAA